AUGUCGUCGACGUCAACCAACGGAAUCGGCUAUUGCUUCUCAGACCGGGCGCAGGGCAUUGCCAACUACCCGCACUGUCGGAGGGCCAACGGCCUCAUUUUCGUGUCGGGCAUCUCGUCGCGGCGGCUGGACAACACGUACGUGGGCGUGACCGAGCGGGCUGAUGGUGGCUUUGAUCUGGACAUUCGCGAGCAGACUCGUGCUGUCCUCGAUAACAUUGCCGUCAUUCUCGCCCGCGUCGGUGCCUCGCUCGACAACGUCAUCGAUGUCCAGGUCUUCCUCGUCGAUAUGAAGGACUACCCGGGCAUGAACGAGGUUUACAACGAGUACUUUGAUUCCGAGUCGGGGCCAAGCCGUACCACCGUCGCCGUCCACCAGCUGCCCAACCCGGCCAAGCUUCUGGUCGAGAUCAAGGUCAUCGCCCUCGACCCCUCGCCCGAGCCCGCCGUCUACGCCCCCGCUGCUCUCACCGCGCCUGCCGCUGCAUCCUGCCCGGUUGCCUCAUGCGCGUCGGUUGUUGCCUGUGCAGGCCUCACCAGCCUCGUCGUCGUUGGCGCUGCCGCGCUCGCUGGCAUGUUCUGGCACCGCCGCUGA